UUUCAAUUUUUUAGUUCAGUUCAUCUGAUUGAUCAACAAUAAUUAGAUCAAGAAGACUAAAAAAUUCAGAUCUUAUAUCUGUCAGAAAUUUCAGAUCAAAUUUGCAUCCAACUGCAUGUCACUACUUGGAACUUGAACGAUAAUCAAAUCAAAAAGUCUCAAAAUUUCACAGAACUUUAUCAAAAAGAAACAUUCCUUUGGCAACAAACCAUGGCUUUUCCAGAUGAUAUUCCAACCUCUAAGAUGUCCCCACCGCAAUUCGCUUCAUUGAGCAACAAUGACUUCAAAAGAGAAGGAACUUCUCCUUCCAAUGCAUUGAUAUGUCCUCCUCCAAGGAUGACCCUGCCUCAAUCAAACAAAUCAGACCACAUUUUCUACAAAACACGAAUUUGUACUAAGUUCAGAUUUGGUACUUGUAGAAACGGACAAAAUUGCAACUUUGCUCAUGGAGCUGAAGAGUUAAGGCAACCACCACCACAUUGGCAGAAGUUAGUUGGUCUGCGUAGCGAAGGUCGGAUGCAGCUGGGAAAUCAUGCUAAAGAUAAAAAAAUCAUACAAACAAUGAAACUGUGCAAGAAUUAUUGCAAUGGGGAGGAAUGUCCAUAUGGAGAUAACUGUAUAUUCCUUCAUGAAGAUCCUGCACAGUUUAGGGAUGAUUCCUUGAAAUUGAGAGAGUGCUCCGCAAUAACCAUUGAAACUAAUAAUUUGGAAGGCAGCAGGGCUUUGAACAAGCAAGCAAGGAGCACUUAUCGGAAGACUAAGCUGUGUCGCAAUUGGAAGCAUACAGGAUAUUGUUCCUUUGGAAUGAACUGUCUCUUUGCUCAUGGUGAAGAAGAGUUACAAGUUCCUGGUGGAGCCAUUCAAGCUGAAGCUGCAGUUACCAUAGAAAAUUCAACAAACGCUGCCACCUCCCCUGCAAGUCUACUUGUGGAAAAGGAAGAAGAGCAUGUUAGGAAGAAACGUAUACUUGGGUUGAAAUUCAGCCAGAUCAAUCGUAUUUACGGUGAUUGGAUUGAUGAUUGAACUACUCUUGUUGUGCUCGUGGAAACACACCUCAUUUGGAUAAGCAUUCUUCUGCGUUAACAAAGAAUUUUGGAAACAGGGUCAAUUCAUAGAUUUAUCUAUUAUUGCUUUUUCUUGUUUUUUUCUUUUGUACUGUUAAUUAAUUGGUACAGUUUUAUGGUUGGACACAUCCACAGUUGUCUGCAGAUGAGAUGUGUACUCAACAUGGGUGCGGCAUUUUUCCCUAUAUGAUGAUAACCAGAGAA